AGAAUGACCAGCCAUCCCUUGUAUGGUUUGACAGAGGGAAGUUUUAUUUAACCUUUGAAGGCUGCUCUAGAGGGCCCAGUCCUCUCACCAUGGGGGCUCAGGACACUCUUCCUGUUGCUGCUGCGUUCACUGAGACGGUCAACGCCUUCUUCAAAGGAGCUGACCCAAGCAAGUGUGUUGUGAAGAUCAUAGGUGAGAUGGUUUUGUCGUUUCCGGCGGGAAUCACGCGGCACUUUGCCAAUAACCCGUCCCCCGCCGUGCUAACCUUCAGCAUAACCAACUACAGCCGACUGGAGCAUGUGCUGCCUAACCCCCAGCUCCUCUGUUGCGACACCACCACUCAAGCCAAGGCUGAUGCCAAGGACUUCUGGGUGAACAUGCCAAACCUGAUAUCCCAUCUAAAGAAGGUGGCAGAGCAGAAGCCUCAGGCGACAUACUACAACGUGGACAUGCUCAAGUAUCAGGUGUCAACGGAGGGGCUGCAGUCGAUCCCUCUGAAUCUAGCGGUGAGCUGGAGAUGUGAGCCCGCCAGCACUGACUUGAGGAUAGACUACAAAUACAACAAGGAGAACAUGACGACGCCCAUGGCCCUAAACAACGUCCAGUUCCUGGUCCCUGUCGAUGGAGGGGUGUCAAAACUACAGGCUGUCUUACCCCCUGCUGCAUGGAACGCGGAGCAGAAAAGAAUCCUUUGGAAAAUUCCUGAAAUCUCGCAGAAAUCUGAAAACGGAGGUGUGGGAUCGUUGUUGGCACGCUUCCAGCUAACAGAGGGCCCCAGUAAACCGGCUCCCCUGGCGGUGCAGUUCACCAGCGAGGGCAGCAUCCUGUCGGGCUGCGACAUCGAGCUGGCCGGGCCGGGGUACCGCUUCUCUCUCAUCAAGAAGAGGUUUGCCGCAGGAAAAUACCUUGCCGACAACUAACCCAUGCUCCUGACAACAGCACUGUUGAACAAAGCAAUGAAAGUGGCCUGAGGCUGACUCCGAGGACAGAGGACAGACCGACACCAGACCGACACCAGACCAGACUUCCCGUUGACCUUUACUGAACCCACAUGACAAACCGCAGCCUACCCAGCAGUAUUGUAUAACUUGCAUAUAGCAUCGUGGAAACUGUUUUAGGUCAUGUAAUUAUUGUGUUUGUAUUCAUUUCAUAACAUCUGUAUUGCUGCAGUGAGACACCUGGGUUCUUCCUCCCUCUGAAGUUUGUGCCUCUGUCUCCAUCCUCCUGCGGUCAAUGUGUGGUGGUGGUGGUGGUGGUGGUGGUGUUGUUUUUAAGUUUCACUGCAGCUGCCUGACAGAAGAGUUUCAGCCAGAUUUGAACUCCGGGUGACAAGCUGUUUGUUGUCCAGAGUUCAGGAAGAUUUGGCUCUUAAAAAUACCCUUAAAUAAGAUAUUUGCAGUCAGAGACACACCUCAGCCUCUAACACAGGGCUAACACCCCAGAGUUAGAUGAGUUUAGGUUGAAGCAGGGCCCAAGACGAUAUGAAGAAAGCUAUACAACUUCAUUAAUAGGUAGAAAAAGCCGCUAUUUAAAUAAUCCUCCUGUCAGAGUCUGAGAUGGACGCCUGAGACAGUUGUCCUCACUGUCUCGCCCUGACUGCAGCUGUUUGGCCAGCAAGUAAAUGCAACUGCGGGUGCAUCUCGACAGGUUGUCAAGAGCAAUUAGAGGAAACAAAUGUUUUUGUCAGUGCUUGAAACGGAAUCAAGUAACUACAAAAACUAGAUCUUUCAUGCAUCACCUACUGGUACUACAGGGUCACAUGACUUUGGAUCUCAUCCUUUUUUUUUAUAUAAAUGCACUGAUCAGUCAAUCAAACUGUUAAUUUUAUGUUUGCCUGAAAACACAGACGUGGAGACGCUUUUAGUUAGUUAGGCAGCUGCAAUGAUCAAUCAAUUUACUGGUUGCAAAAUAAGAAAAAUCAGUUUUUCCGUCAGAAAAAAAGAUGUGUAUAAAGUGUCAUUUUAAAUCAAUAAUAUAUAUCUUAAAGGGCGUUUGGUGUUCUCCUCGUAUUGUCCGAUAGCCUUUCUGUUGUUCCCAGGGCAGCAGUGAUAGACUCCAGAGUUCAUGACAGCAUUCUAUUUUUAUUUAUUGAUGACGAUGAUUUGUUGUAUAAAACAUGUGAUUCUGUAUAAGAAUAGAAGUUGAAUGGUAUCACACGACUCAGAACCUUUAAAGGUAUAAAUAUUUCUCUUUUUUUUGUUAUCUGUGUAGUUGGGUAACCUGUGUACAGUAUAAGGUAUAAUUUUUGAAUUGAUUUCAGAUAUAAUUUUUUAACUCAACAGAAGAUUUGAGCUAUAUAUGGGUGAGGGGGGGUAAUUUAAAGAAAAAUAUAAAUAUCUUCCUGGAUGCUGUGUUAUGCUUUGUGAAAGCAGUGUUAAUGUAGAGUUAUCCCAUUAGCGAGGUCCACCCUUUAAACAAUGAAUUUGACAUUUGGGGAAAUACUUGCUUUCUUUUUCGAGAGUUAUAAAAGAUGAUCUACUUAUGUUUGUUUGUUCAACAUGAGGCUGGAGCUAGGUGACGUUAAGCUUAGCAUAAAUAAGCGAUUUAACAGGUUUAACAAGAUAAAAACAUGUUAAAUAUGUUGCCUUUAGACAUUUCUUAACUUUGGUGAAAUACUACUGGUCCAUUAUUUUUGGUUUAUGAAAAAGCUAAUGGCAUUUCCGUCAGCCUUGCAGCUGAACUUUGUAUGUGGGCAACUUUGCUAAUGUUAGCAUGUUAACAUGCUAAACUAAAAAGGGGAAACUGGUAAAUAUUAUAUCUGCUAAACAUCACCAGUUUAGCAUUGUAAUUGUGUGAAAGAGAGAGUUAGCAUUUAGCUCAAGCUAACUCUGUAGACUCUGUGGUUUACAUUUGAUAGAGCCUAGCUAACUGUUUCUCCCUGUGUCCAGUCUUUAUGCUAAACCAAGCUAAGCUAAUCGUCUCAUGGCUCCAGCUUAACAUUCUCAUAUUUCCCAAAUGUUGAACUUUUCCUUUUUAUAUGGCCGAGACAAUAAUAACAAAAGCAAUGAGUGUUCGUCUGGAGCAGUGAUGAGGUUUGGUGACUGGUGCCACUUCUGGAACAGGAUUUGUCAACUGGGACCAGCUUGUUUGUGUUAGUAUUAAACCAAAUUCAUCUGAAAAUGGUUUUGUAUAAAUGCAACAGUUCCCACAUGCCUAUUCAAUUAUUCCCUAACUUUGACCACAGUUCUGAUCUGUUUCCAUUCCCCUCAGUGAUACCCAAACUCCUGAUUAUAUCAUGAGCAAAACCCCGCAUCAUCCAACCAGCGCUUAAAUCCAUGGCUUUAUUUUGCAUAUUCGUAAUGGUCUCUGUGAGAUGACAUGAGUUGAAUGAGGUUGUGGUGUGAGGUUAAGUUGACCAAAAUGCUUUUUUUUGUAUUUUAUGUGUGUGUGCCCCGGACAGUCAGUCCUCUGUUAAGGAGAAUAAGCUGAAUAUUUUCACGGUUUAACGGUUCAAAGUAAAAAAUAUUAUAUUGUUUAAUGUGUAAUAAACACUGUGUUGAUGAUGUUGAACUUCCUGAAUGCUCUGACACUCAACACGAAGAACAAAAAGUGUGUGUGAAGUGUAGCCGAAGAGCUCCGUACUGUACUGUGUGUCGGCAUCCUGCUAAAUGCAACCAAUCAUGGUCCUUCCAGAGCUGUCAUACAAGCAUGUUAGGCUGGAUUUAGAAAAAAGGACUAUAAGCAACAUGUCAAUAUUCCUUUAAAAUGAUAGAGUACUUUAAUCAGACAUAGUUUUAAAAUAUAUGUAGUUUUUUAGCUAAUAAAAACAUCACCUUUGGGCUGUGCAGUUAAAAUAUGUAAUGUUUUAUUCCUGUUUGGCCUCGGUCUAAAAUAGCACUGUGUAUUUUCAGAUUUUUCUCUGGUUGCAUUUUAGUCAAUCGAUGCACGGUGAUGAUGAUUGGUGCCAUUUAGCUCCCACAUUGGGUUAGUAACAUUUUUCUCUCAGUCAUGUCAGUCCUUCCUCUAAUGAACUGGAUGGAUCCACAUGCCUGACAGGAAUCUGUGACUAUCUGUGUAUUUUGAAGCAUCAGUGCAACAGUCACUACAGCAUUAUCUACAGAGACCCACCGCACAUCUCCCAUCAUGAAUUUGUUUUUGUUUUGAAACACUACACUACAGGCAACAUGUCUUUCAACUUGAAAGUCGUGUUGCAGUACUAAACUCACUCUGUCUGUUGGUUGCCAGACAAUUCAUCUAGUUAAAGACUUUCAACAGUCUUUUCCAGUUCUUCAUCUCUGUGGUGAAUUCUUCCUGCAGUAAUUCAUUGUUGCAUGCCUAGCAUGCAGUGAAAGGUGGGGCAUCUAUGAUGAUAGAUAGUACUGAAAUGACGUGUUGUGCUGAGUGUCGGUUACCUGUAUUAAUGUUGAGAAGAGAGCAGGGAGUGUGUUUAUGUGUGCUAUAAGCCAGAAUGCUUUUUGGUUCUGUACCGUUAACCUCAAACACAUGUGCAAGCUGUUUGUACAGUACAUAACAAUGCUAAGAUCAACUGAGAAACUUAGUUUGCUUCUUUCCAAAACCAAUAAAAGAUAUAACUGGA